AGAAUAUUGACGAAUGGGAUAAUGUUGCCCUCAAUCCUCUUCCACAUAUGUCUCUUGAACAGAUUAGAAUUUAAUCUAUUGAUUUCAAUGGCUACCGCCACACAUUACCGUUAUUCCCUUAUCAACUCUAACUCAAGCUCCGGUGCCUGCCAUCUUCACCCAAGAGGAACAAGAGCAAGAUGGCUUCCUCUAGGAGUAGCAGUAAGCGACGGUAAAACUGAGACGUCCAGGAGUGUCACAGCAUGUUCUCAGAACCCGGCGGGGGGAAGAAGUCACGUUAGUAAGAAGGCACCGCGCCAUCUGAUCACGGUAGGGACAUCGCACGGGAGAUGGCAAGGGAAGUGGAGCUGUGACUACCUUCUUUCCCUCCGAGACCUGCGUCUCGGGGACUUGGUCGAAGAAGAAGUUGAAGAUGAACAGAAGAAGAAGAAGAAUGAUGCCACUGCUGUUCUUGUCAAUCUCUCCAUUGACAAGCAUGCUAGCUUCGGGUUAUCGAUCGAUGGAAGGAUCGUAACAGCCUUCACCCGGAAGUGCAGCCACUGCUCAUCUCCUUACUGCAGACAGGUUGAUGCCAGCUUCAAUGUAUGGGUCCUGCCAUCUUCUAGAUCUGAUAACUCUGCGGUUCAACUCCCGGAAAUUGGUGGCGACGACCCCUCUGUGAUCUAUGUAAAACCAGGAGGCGAAGCUCACCUUGAUUCCCUAAUCCAAGAUACUCUGAGGCUGACCGUCUCUGCCAAAGACACAUGUUCUGAGACUUGCGCAAGAUCCGAGCCCACACUUCAGUAUAUUGGUGGUCAGAAAACUGCUUCGAUCGAUAAGAGGUGGUCUCGACUGUUGGAAUUAAGGAAAGGAAGAGGCCGAUAAUGCUCCAUGCGCAUAUAUAUCGUGCCAACCAUCUGCCACAUGAUAUAAGUUACUUUUACCUGUACUAUAUCAAUGCAUAUAUAUCUAGCAUAUUAAUUGUCUUUACACGUAAUUUCUUAUACUCGAUAAGAAAAAAUGUCGGAGAUUCAAAAUAGACCAUCCCCGACAAUUCUUCAAAUAAAUACUAAAUGUAAUGUAUGCGACUAUACAUUAACGAAAUAAGUGGAUCAAUAAAGUAGACUCUGAACAUAUGUCAUAGAUUAAUUGCA